UUGAAUGUCAACCGACUCUCAACUCAAUAGACUGUGAAGCGAACUGGAUGGAACAAUGACAGCGGAAAAUGGCACGACGUUUUGUGAGGGGAUGUACUCAAAACUUAUCGACUCUGAUGGUCCAUAUGACGAGCUGAGCUCUCCAAAUGUGCAGGAGCAACAUAUUGUACACGUCUCUCCAGCAAGAGGCAACUCCAGGCAACCUUACAAACUGGCCACAGCAUGCCUGACUGGGCUUUGUGUGAUCCUGCUUUUGGUCCUUGUGGUGAUGAGCUCACGUAGGAAUGUCUCUGAGGUGACAGCCGAUGCCUCCGCUGAGACCCAGCAGCAGACUCUUCCUGUGAACGUCACAGAACUGAUGGAGCAAAUGAAGAACUUGGAGAAGGAGAAUAAGGAGCUGGAGACGGAGAGGGAUAUCCUGCAGGAGAGGGUGAAGGCCUUAGAGGCAACCCCCUCAACCCCUCCUCCUGCACGUGUGACCACUCUGGCCCCGGCAGCCUCCCCGUCCCCACCGGACCUGCCUAAGUGCCCAGCAGACUGGCUCCGCUUCGAAAACAGCUGCUACUACAUCUCCCGCACCACACUGAGCUGGAUGGGCAGCCAGCGGUUCUGUCAACAGAGAGGGGGACACCUGGCCAUUAUCCAUACGGAAGAAGAACAGACGUUCAUUUGGAACAAGCUGGUUCGGGGACACUGGAAUGCCUACUGGUUUGGAAUCACCGAUGAGAAGGCUGAGGGGACCUGGCACUGGGUGGAUGGGACAGUGCUAAAUAUGAAUUCCAGUUUCUGGGAGGAGGGGGAACCCAACAACCACAUUGACGAGGACUGUGGUUACAUUGUGAAGACGCAGGUGCGGAGUCGUGUUCCGACUAAGAGCUGGUACGACGCACCGUGCGAGAUGCACUGGCGCUUUGUCUGUGAACUGGAGUUGACCGCCGUCUCCACAACAGCGAGUGUGUAGAGGAGGAAAAGCUGAUGUGGUGCACAGGCCUCCCUAAAUGCAGCUUGUGAAAUACUAAUAAUGCAAUAACGUGGAUAUGAAAUGAGAAGUGUACAUUCUUUUAAAUGGGAGGAGCACUCCCCUAUUGCCUUAGUUUGUUUUGCUUUUCCUGAAAUUGUAAGUGUAUAAACCCCCUGAGAGAGAGAGAGAGAGAGAAAGAGAGAGCGAGAGUGAGAGAGAGAGAGAGAAAAAUUGUAAAUAACCUGUACAGAAAUAUUUUUGUUGUUUUGAUAAAGACAUGUCAAAUGGAAUGAGAUAUUUUGUUAACUGGAAUUGAUUUAUUUCAGAAGGGAAAAUGAUGUGCUGUUUAGAGUUGAAAAUGAAUUGUCUUAUUCAAAGUGUUGAUACUGUAGCUAUAGAGAUAUUAAUCGAAUAAGGCAAGGUAGAGGGUUUGAUUACCAGCUAUAGAAACAUUUGUACCUGUUCUAUGGAUAUAUAUAAAAAUAAAACUUGGCAUAUGGUGAAAAAAUCUCUGUGUUGUUGCUAAAACUAAAAAUGCAGUUUAACUUCAUCUUGAAGGACAGUAGCUCUGAGAUAACAUGACAAACCUUAUCCUGC